AUGUCUACCUUCUUCCAGAAACAGCAGCAGGUAGCUGCGCUCGAUCCACGCCUCGGAGGCCUGAUGGCCAGUGCUGGUCUCUACAAUCUGAAAGCACUCAUCAAGGCCAUUCGAUCGUGCAAGACCUUGGCAGACGAGCGAUCGCUAAUCCAGAAAGAGUCGGCCUCCAUUCGAACAGCUUUCAAGGAUGAGGAUCCCUUCGCUCGCCACAACAAUAUCGCCAAGUUGCUCUACAUUCACAUGCUGGGCUACCCAGCCCACUUCGGCCAGAUCGAAUGUCUCAAGCUCGUAGCUACACCGCGAUUCACCGACAAACGUCUCGGCUACUUGGGCAUCAUGCUUUUGCUCGACGAGAAUACCGAAGUCUUGACCCUCGUCACCAAUGGCUUGAAGAAUGAUAUGGAGCACUCCAACAUGUACGUCUGCGGGCUGGCACUCUGCACCUUUGCCAACAUCGCAUCCGAAGAAAUGUCACGAGAUCUCUGUAACGAAAUCGAGAAGCUCAUGGGCAGCAGCAAUACCUACAUCCGUCGCAAGGCCGCUAUCUGUGCCAUGCGAAUUGUACGCAAGGUACCGGAUCUGAUCGAUCACUUUGUCGACCGCACCAAGCAGCUGUUGUCGGACAAGAACCAUGGUGUUCUGCUUUGCGCUGUGACCUUGGCCAUCGAGAUCUGUCGUCAGGAUGCCGAAGCAUUGCAAGACUACAGGCGGGCUGUGCCGCUCCUAGUUCAGCACCUCAAGUCGCUCGUCACUACUGGCUAUUCGCCCGAGCACGAUGUGUCCGGCAUCACCGAUCCAUUUCUGCAAGUCAAGAUCUUACGACUACUGCGUAUCCUCGGCAAGGAGAACGCACAGGCUUCCGAAACCAUGAACGACAUUCUCGCUCAGGUCGCUACCAACACCGAAGCAAGCAAAAACGUCGGCAACAGUAUCCUCUACGAGACGGUCCUCACUAUCCUCGAAAUCAACGCUGACAACGGUCUCAGGGUUAUGGCAAUCAACAUUCUGGGCAAGUUCUUGAGCAACCGAGACAACAACAUUCGAUACGUUGCUCUCAACACCCUCAGUAAGGUCGUGUCCAUGGACACCAACGCUGUUCAGCGUCACCGCAACAUCAUUCUCGACUGUCUCCGUGACGGAGAUAUCUCGAUCCGACGAAGAGCGCUCGAGCUCAGCUAUGCGCUCAUCAACGAGAGCAAUGUUCGAGUUCUCACUCGAGAGCUGCUGUCUUUCCUCGAAGUCGCCGACAACGAGUUCAAGCUUGGCAUGACUACCCAAAUUUGCCUUGCAGCCGAGAAGUUUGCUCCUAACAAGCGGUGGCAUAUCGACACUGUCCUACGCGUCCUGAAGCUUGCCGGCAACUACGUUCGUGAGGAGAUCCUCUCUGCUUUCAUCCGUCUGGUCUGCCACACACCGGAAUUGCAGGCCUACACGGUGCAGAAGCUGUUCUUAGCUCUUCAUCAGGACUUCUCACAAGAAUCGCUCACUCUUGCUUCGGUCUGGGUAAUCGGCGAGUUUGGCGAUGUCUUGAUUCAGGGCGGCAACUUUGAGGACGAGGAGUUGGUGCGAGAAGUCCAGUCAAAGGAUGUCGUUGAUUUGCUGUCCUCCGUGCUUGACAGUCCGUACGUCAACGGCUUGAUUCGUCAAUUCGUCCUGACUUCUCUCGCAAAGCUGCACACUCGACUUUCAGAUUCGACCGAGCAGUCGCGCAUCGAACAGAUCAUUGGCAGCUACGAGAGCAGUGUCGAGGUGGAGAUUCAGCAGCGCAGUGUCGAGUUCGCCAGCUUGCUCAGCAGGAGCAAUAUCCGAGAAGGUGUAUUGGAGAGCAUGCCCCCUCCCGAGAUCAGACAGACCGUAUUGGGCACUGUCAGUGAGGCCAAGCCGGUUGGCUCGACAAGGUCAGACAAGGAUGCAUUGUUGGAUUUGAUGGGUGACGAGAUGCCGGUGUCCAGCGGAGGCGUUGCAGCGUCGAGCGGUGCCGGUGCUGGAACACAGCAGACUACGCACGAUCUGUUGGCGGACAUCUUUGGUGGUAGCGACAUGGGUGGUGCUCCAGCGGCGGCUCCUGCUGCCGGCGGAGCCACUGCAGGACAGAAGCCAAAGAGCUCUGUCAACGACAUUCUCGGUUUGUUCGGCGACCGUGGCAGCACAUCAGCAGCAGCUCCGGCACCUGCCGCCCAAGCUACACCCUCCUCAUAUGGCGGCCUUGACCUCCUCGGAGGACUCGACACCAGCUCCACCUCCGCUCCCACUCCAGCACCUGCUUCCACUCCAGCUGCCGCUGCUGCUCCAACGCAACCAGCCUCCGCCAAAGCCCACACAGUCUACGAUAAGCAUGGUCUCAAAAUCACCUUCACCCCGACAACCAACCCUGCUCGACCCGAAAUCGUCAACAUCACAGCUCGCUUCACCACAACAUCCCCCGUCUCCAACGUCAACUUCCAAGCAGCUGUCCCAAAGACACACAAGUUGCAGAUGCAGGCAAUCUCCAACUCAGACGUCGCACCCGGAGCUACAGAGACACAAGCAUUGAGAGUUAUGGUUCCUAACAACGCUCCUGUCAGGCUGAGGUUGCGCAUUGCAUUCAAUGCUGGUGGAGAGAAUGUGCAGGAUCAAACUGAUUGGGCUCAGCCUUCGGCUUAG